CCUCUUGUCGUGUUGGAACUUUCAAGUCACUAGUCACAUCCAGUACGUCAGCCGGUCUUCUCCUUUAAUUUCAGUCCCGAUCAAAAGUAAGUUUCAAUAAAAUGUCUGGAAACCAAGAACGUACCUACUUGAUGAUCAAGCCCGAUGGUGUCCAGCGAGGACUCGUCGGUGAAAUCAUCAAAAGAUUCGAACAGAAAGGCUUCAAAUUGGUCGCACUCAAAUUUGUCCAGCCUACUGAGGAGAUGUUGCAGAAACACUAUGCUGACCUGUCUGGCCGCCCAUUCUUUGCUGGUUUGGUGAAGUACAUGGCAUCUGGACCAGUUGUUGCAAUGGUCUGGGAGGGUUUGAACAUUGUCAAGACUGGCCGUCAAAUGUUGGGUGAGACCAACCCUGCUGACUCCAAGCCUGGUACCAUCAGAGGAGAUUUCUGUAUUCAAGUUGGCAGGUAAGACUAUUUCAAUAAAAUGUCUGGAAACCAAGAACGUACCUACUUGAUGAUCAAGCCCGAUGGUGUCCAGCGAGGACUCGUCGGUGAAAUCAUCAAAAGAUUCGAACAGAAAGGCUUCAAAUUGGUCGCACUCAAAUUUGUCCAGCCUACUGAGGAGAUGUUGCAGAAACACUAUGCUGACCUGUCUGGCCGCCCAUUCUUUGCUGGUUUGGUGAAGUACAUGGCAUCUGGACCAGUUGUUGCAAUGGUCUGGGAGGGUUUGAACAUUGUCAAGACUGGCCGUCAAAUGUUGGGUGAGACCAACCCUGCUGACUCCAAGCCUGGUACCAUCAGAGGAGAUUUCUGUAUUCAAGUUGGCAGGAACAUCAUGCAUGGAUCUGACUCUGUUGAGAGUGCCAACAAGGAAAUUGCCUUGUGGUUCAAGGAUGAAGAACUUGUUUCAUGGCAGCCAGCUGAUAAAGUUUGGGUUUAUGAAGACUAGAUCAAUUGAAAUAUUUAAUGGGGGCUGAACAUAUCAGUGUUUAUUAUUUUAACUGAGAUAUGAAAAUAUUACACUGGAAAUAUUGUCCUAUUGAAUUUCCAUCAAGAUUGU